AUUCAAUUGUUCAACAACUGGUCUUAUAAUGACUAUGGUAAGAACAUUAAUAUUCACCUGUUGUUAAAUCAGAAUAAUGAUCUGUCUCUAGUUAAUGAAUAACAAUUUCUAAGAAUCUGAUGUCAGUUCAAUUUUGAAGAAGUGAAGAUAGUAAGCACACACACCAAAAAGAUAACUUUUUAUAAAACUAAAUAUACCGGUAUUACAUCUUACAGAUUGCAUGUCAACAGAUUUCUGUGACCGAAAGUCACACAACUGUAACAAAUUCUCUCUCCAGUGCCUUUAUAGAUGUUACUUAAGAAUUUGUUCAUGCUUAGUGUGUGUGUAUCAAGUUAUGGAUGCACGCAGGAAGUUUGGAGAGCACGAAAGAUGAGUAAGAGUUGCACGAGGCAAUAGCAGAGUGCAACUCUAGCUUCUUGACUGCUCCCCAAACUUCCCAAGUGCAUCCAUAACUCGAUAUACGCACAGCUAAAAGCAUGAGCAAAUUCUUUUAUAACAUAGCUGACAAAAAUGCUUGCUUUUUGAUUAACCGCAAAAUUCUUGUAAGGCGCGACACAAUAAUAAACGGUUCUAUUGGCUGAUUACGGAUUACGAACACGCCACAAUCAUCUAGUUUGAAUGAAAAUAUUCUUUCUGUAACAGUGAGAAAGAAAAUUUGCUUCUUUAUUCGUUAAUGAUAACGAAGGUAAAAGGUAAAAGAGUCUUAAAGUUCAUCUAAAGUUAAAAUCCUCCGUGACAUGUUUGUGAGAAGUCGUGGAGUAUGGUUUGGAUUUGCUAAAAAGAUGUUUACGUUUUGCUCGGCGAAAUCCAGAAAACAUGUUUUUAGCGAAGACGACUGUCAUCCUUGUUUAAACUUAUAUUCAUUUACGAACAUUGGCUGGUCAUUACGGCAUCUUGAGAAGACCUAGCAGCAGUUGUUUUUGUGAGUAAUAAAUUUAUGUCUUCUUGUGUAAUUUGUGUUGUUGUUGCGAGAGAAAUUUUCCUGCUUCAGUUGGAUUGUCCAGAGAUAACAAAGUGCACACAAAUUUUGCCUUUAAAUGUUGCUGAUGACCAGUUGGUGUCUGUUCUGUUCCCAGUGAAUGUCUUUCAGCCAAAAUUUGCUGCAGCUGGUCUUCAAGGAAUUUGCGAAAAGCGCAACUUGCAAGUCUUUUUUUAAUUCGGCUUCAUUUUUAUUUUUGCUUCUUGUUGGAUCAGGACCUAAAAGGUCAAUGCUGAUAGAAAAAUUGGGCAGUUUUUCGCUGGUUUCUUCCAUAUUUUAAAGAGAAGGAAAAGUGCACUGCAGCUUAAAAGACGACAACUUUGCAGCCAGGUAAAAAUAAAUGGUCACGUCAUCAUAUUUACGCACGGGCGUGGGUAAAUAAAGAUUUUGUUCAUAGCGGCUCAAUAGGAGUUGUAUAGGGCAAGCACGCACGCUAUGUUAUAAACAGGGUUUGUACAGGUUAAAUUUAUUUGGAAAACCUGCCUAGAAAGUCAUGAAACAUUAAGAAUUUCACUUUUCAGGUCUGGAUUGAAAUUAUUAUAAUAAUAAUAAUUGGUCCUAGGAUUUAAUGGACUCAGAAUUUUUUCCUUUGUUCCAUACUCAUGACAUGUUGAUCACAUUAUUUCUCAUUUCUUCACCGAGCUUUGAAUUUACCAUGAUCAUCCUUUAUUUAUCAUACACAUGAUGAUUUUUCCAAUGCUGAUCCUAGCAGUACACAGGACACAUUUUAUACAUUGAUCAAGCACACCUUGUAUGUAACCCAACUUGCCACAAAUCCUUCAAAGCUCAGUGGGUAGAGCAUGUGACCAGUGUGCAGAAGGUCAUAGGUUCAAUUCCUGUCGGGGACUCAGACGUUUUCUUUCUCCCAUGCUUGUGAAAUGUUGUUCACAUCAUUUCUCAUGGAAAAUUAUAGUUAUGUUUGGUAUAGAUUAGUUACUGAAGAUGUCAAAGCAUGGACGAUGUAAGAAUUAGAUAGAGACAAGAAAUAAGCAGUGUGAGCACUGUACAUUUUGACAAACAACAGAGGAGGAGAGUUUUGAAAAUUUUUGAAAGUGACAGUUCAACCUAAUGUCACGGAAAACUAGAAAAGGCCAUGGAAAGUCAUUGAAUCUGUAGGGCUCAAAAGAGUAUGAACCCUGUUUACAUCAUGGAUAUUACAACCCCUAUUGACAUAAUAUUGGCAGCUUAAUGUAUUCACUGUUACAAUGAAUUUACAUUUUACUAGAGGGGUAUAGAUGCAUACCAAGGCUUUAUACGCGUGCACAUGAACCUAAUACGCCCAAUCAACAUCAUCGCAGGGGCGAGACCACUGUCAAUAUUCGAGACAGUCGGAGGACAGAAUGAAGAUGACCAAAAGGUCAGUGCAUAGUCAUAUGUUUACUACGUGUAGUUUAUUUGACUUCGCUUUGUUCCUUGCAAUUAACAGGGCAAUUUACACAGUCUUAACCUGCAAAAGUACUGGUGUACCCAUUUAUUAUUGAUAGAAAUAUGUUGAUUGUUAUUAUUUAGUAUUUUUGUCUUUUAGAAAACUCAGCGGACCUCAUUUUUCCUUCCGCUUGGAACAGUGAAAGCACUACAUGUGACAAGUGAAACUACAGUUCAUGAGGUAAUUCCAUUGAAACAUUGCUUCAGAGUUGAGUUUAUACACUAUAAAGUUGCCCAGAUAAGGGCCGGUCUGCCAACAAUUCUUGGGGUUUUUAAAUAACUGAGAAGAAAGUGCUGCCUUUGUAAAGACAUCUGAAAACGGUUAACUUUAAUUUGUUUCAAAAGAAUUAAUUAAAAUUAUGAUAAUAUUGUGGACCAUUCAAAAUGUGCAUAAUUUAAAUGAUGCAAAAAAGUGCUGUAGGUGCAGGGCUGUCACUAAGAGCUGGGGCCUGAUUUUCCCCGGCCACCUUUCAUGAACAUGGUCCUUGGCUACUUUAAUAUGAAAUAAAAGGAAAAUACAGUGUAAAACCCAAAAAAAUUACUAGCAGUUCAAUUCUCCACCACAAAUAAUACCCAGCAACUUGAACUCUUGGCAACAGCCUUGUAGGUGUUAAAAUGAAAGAAACAAAACCUCAGGGUGAGCUCUACCAAUCUGGGCUACUAUAAACUGCCACUUAAAUAUAUUGGGUUUUAGGGGGGCUUAUAAAUGGAGAGGCGCACAUCUGAGGGGGCUUAACACUGAAAUAGAAAAAUUGUUUCAAAACAAGCUAGCAGUGCUGAUCGAUCAAAAUACGUUUUGCAGAUACUGUUGAGCGUUUUUUUCUUAACGAAGCAUCAAAACGUCAUAUGGGUAAUAAAUCAUUCGUUCCAAUAUGCUGCAAUUAGAACUAGCUUGAGGGGGCUUAAUUAUUAUUGGAUUUAACAGGAGUAAAUACUAAAAGUAGACAGCGUUUUUCGAAUGCUCUGAUUGGCUGCUCAAACUUGGGAUAUCCAGUAGUGCUAUAUUCACCUCCGAGCGAAAGUCAAACUCACAUAGGUUACAAGCAAAAUGGCUUCCCAGUUUUCUGCCAUAACAAACGGAGAAAGGUCACAAAAUAAUCAAAGAAACGGUUCCCCAAAAACAUGAACAAGGCUAUGAAAUUCGGUUUGGAAGUUUUUAAUGCAGGUAAAGCUUUGUUCGUUUCAACAAAAUUUAUCUAUGAAACCGUGAAAAAGGUUAAGUCUUACAUUACUUUAUUUAGCUGACAUGUUCAAUAAAUAUUAGCUUAAAACUGGGUUUUUUACAGAAUGGUUUCAACAGCAGAAGGAAUUCACAACUCUUUUUGAAGAAUUGUCUCCACAAGAGCUAAACAAAUGCCUUUAAAAGUUUUAUUUGUCGGCAAGAAAAAGGGGAUUGCCGUUAGGUCAUUUGCGUGCCGAAAUUGUAAUAGUUGGCUACAUAAAUGAGUAAAAAAUCAUCAUUGAGCUUUUUUCAGAUAAUAUGAAAACCGAAUUCAAUAACUGUAAGAGUUUUGUUAUUCAUUCAAAAUAUUUCCUAGUUUAAAAACAAUCUAAAACAUGCUUACCUCUAUUGAUGUUACAUGUAAGUUCAUCUUCGAUAGUGCAUUUUUAUCGGCAAGUUUAGGAGAUAAAGGGUUGUGCAGUUCUGCAAAUGUUCUCCAAAUUAAGCAGAUGUAAUCCGUUGAGUUGUCUUCUUGCUGUUCUUGCUGUGUAUUUAGCCAAUAGUUUGCCUAUUUCUUCCUUGUGAAACAAGUGAAAUGUUCCACCAUUUUUGUAACACCACCGAAACAACUCAACCUUGCCCCCAGGUCUUCUCGGUUAACAGUUCAAUAAUCUUGCAAUUUUGCUGCAUGAUUGAUGUCAUCAGUCACAUUUUUAUUACAAAAUUCUUCCAAAUUUGGUCAGCAGUAGUUGGUAAUGAUGAAUUAUGCAUGCCAUUUUCAGGGGCAGAUCUAGGGGGAGGGUGCAGGGGGUGCCCACCCCCCCCUUCCCCGAGAUGACCUGCGGGUUUCUAAUACAUCUGGUAUUCUGCAAAAAAAAAACUAUGUGGUUUAUUGGUGUUGAAGUAGAGCAAGAGACGAGUGCACCCCCUCCUAAAAAAAAUCCUGGAUACGCCCCUGGUUUUAGCCAAUCAGAUACCGAGAAAUAUUUUGAAUGAAUAAUAGUAUAAUUGUGAUGUAUUUUUUGGGGAAGCCUAUAACUGGGAGGAGAGUUGUGAGUUGUGGCUUUGAUUUACAUAGUAUCCUUAAGCUUUUGUUUUCUCGUUGAAGGUGAUUGUGGCUCUCUUGAAGAAAUUUAAGGUGGCUGACAAUCCAAGAAAAUUUGCAUUGUUUGAGUGUUACCAAGAAGAAGAUAAUCAUAGUAAGAUAUUUUCCCCGUGUUGAUAAUUUUUGAUAAGCAUGCAAGCAAGAAAUACUAAUUUAUUUUAUGUGUAAUCUCCUGCAUACAUUAGAAUGUAAAAAAUUAUGUUGUGUACUCAAAGAAAAUGCACACUGCUAUUAAUUCAGUAUGAAAUUGUGUACUUCUUUUGUCAGAAGUGUUUAACUUAUUUAAAGACAUAAAUUUAUGAGUUUCAUUAAUUAGUAAUAUACAUGAAUGUAACUUCAUUUUCAAUAUUUUUGUUGUUUCCAUUGGUUAGUUCUUUUAAGCUUGCUGAUCAGUGCUAAAGGCUCUGUUGCAUAAUUUAUAGCAAGUUUUAAAUGUACAGUAGUACAGUAAUACCUGUAUGUAGUAAGUGUUGCUAAAGACAAUGUCAAUAUUAUUGCUUUUUCCAUGAUAACAAUAUUAAUAUUAACCCUUUCCUGUCAUUCCUGGACCAUGCUAUGGCAAGAUAUAUGGUCACCCUAAAAACUCCAAAUUAUUGUGGGAUUUUAUAGAAGAAAUUUGAUCUUUUGGAGAUUUUUUUCCUUUAGUCACUUUUAGAAGUCCCCACGCGCCUAAACCUAACCCCAAAUAUCACAUUGUAAUUUUGUGCUUUGCAGUGAUCCUUCGCCGGAUGUCUGACUUAGAAAAGCCACUGGUGCUUAGAUUACUCUGGGGUGGAGCUGAUCUCAGGCAUACCUUUUCACUUCAGGAAAAUGAAACUGGAGAUAUCAUUGUAAGUGAUAAAUCUUUUAACUGAAUCUUUUGGAAUCCUCAGUAAUAAUAUUAUUACUCUUGCCUAGUCUUUUUCUUAUCAGUUAUGCUUACACCUGCCGCUAUUUUCUUCCUCUUUACCCCACUGGGACUGUUGAUAUUGAGUUGUUAAGACAAAAUCAUUAGAAUAAGACAGUGUUUCAUUUGAAUUGCCCCCUCUUUCACUUUGUUCAGUUGCCUAGCAUUGCAAGCUUCAUCUAUGCACCAAAUAUUCAAUAAUAUUCUAAUAACUGAAACAAAUCAAAUUAAUAAAUAGUUUCAUUACAUUUAAAUAUAAUAGUACAUAAUUUUAGUGACCUACAAAUUUCAAAUCCCAAGAAGGCUACAGUAACCAUAUUCCGCAUCAAACUGAAAUUUAGAAUGUGUUAUUUGUCCAAAAAGAGGGGAAAACUGGCUUUAAUUACUUUGAGAAACCUCUCACGAAUGUGAGGGAGAAUGAAAAUUGGCCUUUGGUACUUUGAUGAUACCAAGGGGUUUGGAGAAGUAUUCAAAAACCGGGGAAGAUUCGUAGUAGACAAUACUAGUACCUCAAGCUAAGAAACUGAGAAACUGGUGUACAGUAUUACCAGACAUACAUAUUUUUAAAAUUAUUGCAGUUUAUUAUGACUAUUAUUAUUAUUCUCAUAUUCGGAUAUGAAUUUUGGUUCAGGGAAUUUUUCCCCGUUUUAUCUAAAUUUAAAUCUAAAUAUGGUUUUGUUAGCAACAUCUACGAGGGACAUCACACCAACUCUCAAACACUAAAAAUAUACAAGAUAAUAAUAAAAGCUAAUAAAUUAUAAUCUGCUAGUAAAAGAUAACCUAAAAGAGUUUACUUUUAGAAACAGAGAGAGCUUGACUGGUAACUGUUUCUUUCCGGAAUUUGUUCCAUUCAGUUAUUGUCCUGGGAAAGAAAGAAAGUCUAAAAACAUUCUUGUGUCCUUUCGGUAUGAUUAAUUUACAAUCAUGGCUUCCUUGUGUUCUCCUUUCUCUAUUUGGAAUCAAAUAGUCCUCCCAUUUUUUAUCUAGGGAACCAUAGCACAUCUUACACAUAACGGACAGCCUUGCGUAUCUGCUAUUUGUUUCUAGUGUGUCCCACUUCAAAUCUUGCAGCAUCCACAUCACACUCGCUUUCCGAUCAUAAUUUCCGGUGACAAAGCAAGGCCCCUUUUUGCUGAAAGAAAUGAAAGACUGACGUGCGUGGCAGCACAGGCAUCGUUUGAUCUUUUUCUUUUUGUUGCCUGAAGUGCUGUUUUAGCAUCCUCUAAAAUUGCAGAUGCCAUUCUUUCGUCCUCUUGGUUUUCUGGGGAGUUCAGAUAUCCCAGUCGCUGGAGAGAAUGCUGUGUUUUGGGACUUUCCACAAGAGAAGCAAUGACAGCAACUUUUUUCCUUUGACUACUUGGAAGAUAUGCUCUCGUAGUAUCGACAGCUCGUUUUCGAGAGGUUCUGUUAGGAAAUGUUCCUCGGACAGCAAUAGGUGGAACAGGAACAUUUGUAGAUGUUUCUUCUUUUUCUGCCUUCUUUCUCGCUCUCUGUUUUGCUUUAUAAAGCCGCUAGUUCGGUUUGGGUGCUUUACUUUCACGUUCUUGUUCUACAACAAUGCGAGGCCGCUUCUUUCUUUGUUCCUCUUUUCUAUCUUUAAGUAUUUUAUCUUUGUUCUUCACGUAAAACCUUGCAUUAUAUUCUCGUUUCUUUUGUUUCUUUCUCUCGCGUGAUUCACGCAAUCGCUCAGCUCCAGUUUUUCCCAUGUCAGUAUCGAUGUUUACAAGCUAUCUUGAGCAGGCCCUUUAUAUACAUGCCGACAGUGCACCGGUGCACUGCCAUGUAGCAAAGCCUUAAUUUACCUAAUUCUUAUUUUUAUUCGUACCUUUUUCUCACGCUAUUCGUGCAAUGACUUAGUUUCAGGGUUGCUCUGAUUUAAAGAACAAUUUUAAAUAAUGAUUGUUUGAAAGCAAACUCUUAACAUGCGUUUACUAUACUUAGUGAUGCGGAGAAAACGUUUACGUACGAAUAAACACCAGUGCACUGGUGCACUGGUGCACUGGUGUUGUAGUGCACUUGACAAGAUGGCGUCCUUGGACUUGUAAUUAAGAAACUGAAACACGCUGCGUUUACCAACUAAAAGGAGGCUGCUGACGACUAUUGAAGAAGGAAGGCAGAAUUCACAUAGUGUUCAUCUUAGAGCAAUCUCUCAGUUCUAUUUAAUGCCAAGCAACGCGCUGCAGAAAAAGAUUUUUUGAUAAACAUGACAUAGGCGCUUUCUGUUUUGGACGCCCGAUAAGAAAUCAAAAACGCGCGAAUAAUGACCUUGAACUGUACAGUACUCGCUGAAAGAAGGGAGGAGGCAGAAGUCCUUUUAUUGUUCUUUUCAAAUGUUGGGGAAAAAAUGGCUAGAUUAGUAAUUUAGGUGAUCGGUGCACUGAUAGUUAACACUAGAUAACUAUAAUUGUUACGCACAAAAGAUGGAUAAUGGAUGUUUUCAGUCCGUUUAUUUCUUAAUUUUUGCUUUGCGGUUUACUACUGACACUCCUUUAAUGUGAAAGGCAUCACAAUGAAACCACUUAAAUAGUUUAAUGCGACCUGUACUUUUCUAGUAGCAGUAAAACUGAAUGGUUGUGUCUGAAAUCAGUAUAGUCUACACUGUACACCAUACACAUAGCCUGUACCCUUUCUAGAGCGGCUUGCAGAUCCCAGGCACUACAGGCGUACUGGAGCUUUGGUCUCACAAGUAUGAUCUGUGUGGUUUCUUUCUGUAAAGUUUUUUUUUGGCGGGGGAGGGGUGGAUAAUACGUGUUUGUCACCCCUUCUCCUCCUGGGUAUGAAUGACCACUUCUCUAAGAAAAACCUGUACUUCAUAUGACAGCUUUUACGAUCUAUUUAGUUAACAAUCAGUCCAGUGUGUAAAUGGCAAUGUUUCACUUUUUAGUGGGACGGUUUCUCAAUACCUGAGCUCCAGAAUUUCAUGAAAAUACUGGAUAAAGAAGAAGAGGAACACAUUACACAGGUGUGUCAAGCAUUCAGCGUAAAGCAAGACAAGUGGUCAAUUGAACAACCAACAACAAAUAAUCUUUUUAACUCGAAGACUUUGCAUGCCAGAGUUGGCAACGGUUUUACUUAAUUCUGAAUUAGCAAAAACCAAAUUCAAGUACUGUUAUAAAAAAGUUAGUACUUGUUACAUUGAAGAGGUUUAGUUUGAUUCGUGCAAGUCUAGUAUGUUUUAUAAAAUAACUAAGAUAGUGAGCGCAUUCGCAAGCCACAGGCGAGUGAUUUACAAGCUUUUCUCAUGUCCUCUCAACAUUGUAAGUGGGUUAUCACGCCGGUAGACCCAUAGAAAGUGUGGUAUAUUGCUUAAAUAUAUCUUUUAUUGUUUUGUCUAUGAUUACUAUCAUGGAACUUUCAAAUUCUGCAGACAUGUGCUCUAUUUCCACAGUGUCCGUUUUACAACAUAAUUCUCAGACUGUUGAAUCUUAGUAUUUUUCAAAUUAACUAUUAUUAUUAUUAUUGUUAUUAUUAUUAUUAUUAUUAUUAUUAUUAUUAUUAUUAUUACUAUUAUUUUUUUGUGUCUGUGUGUGUCCCACAAUUAGGUAGAAGAAAAGUACCGAGUUUACAAAGAGAGAUUGCAGAAAGCUUUGGCCCUUGCACAAGGAAAAACACCUGCAGAGGAGUCUAUUGGAGAACAACGCCCACCGACAGACAAUUAUGUAGAGGGUGAAAAACCAUCGGAAGAGAAAGCUGAACCUGAAGAGGAUCUAGCUAAUGAUGAAAGUGUGUGUUGAAGAAUGUGUUGUAAAAGGUAUAGAAGUGUUGGGAGACAAGGCAUUUUGUGGAUUCAGUACAGGGUUACUUAGUAAUGCAAGAGUCAAUAAUCCCACACUGUAACAAAGUAAGGGUCUGCGGGUUAGCAAUCAAGCAACAGAACAUGGACAAUCUUGGGGCGGAUCGAGGAUUUAGUGGAGGGGGGCUCGCAUAAUAAAAUGUCUGACAAAGGCGUACCAUCCUAGGAUGUUCCCGGGGAAAUGCUCACCCUUAAAAUUUUGAAAUUUAGUUCCUCAGAAACCGAAGCUUUUUGUCAAAAAACGCUAAUGUUUGAACGUUUUCAUUUCAGUUAAGUGGGUUUAAACGAACCACCCCAACCACCCCCCUGGAUCCGCCCCAGCAAUCAUGAGCCUGAUUUGUAAUCAUGCCAUGAUCGACAAGUAUUCCUACUAGGGGAAGACUAAGUGUGUCGGACCUUUGUGAACACUUUUUUGGCCGCUCCUCUAAGGACCAGAAAUAAAAAAGACAGAAAAAUAAUGGAACAUAAUUGUUUAACAUAAUGGUUUUUGAUCUUUAUCCUUGAUAAAUGAAAAAGGUGUCCCAUAAAACUUUUUUGUACUAGCAGUAAGAUACUAGAAACCUUACAUGUAGUUUUGAGAGUCCCAGGAUUACUUACAGUUCUAUCUAAUUAGAUAUGUUGUUGAUUUACACAGUGUCAACCUCUGAUUGACCUAGCCUCCCUAAUCUUUACUCUGCUGGAAGCAUAGAGAAGGGAUCGUCUGAGGCUAAUCCAUUUUAAAGGUGGAAUAUAAGAUUCAGAUUGAAAAUGUACUGAUGGCUGCAUUGAGACAGCUUAAAAAACAUCUAGUGGAGGUAUAAUAUUAAUAUUAUUAAUCUUUUUUAGGCCAACGCAGUGCCGGCAAAGUAUGUAAAAAUAAUGUAUAGUUACGUCAUACUAUGCAUCCAUUCAAUAUUUAUAGACAUGCUGUAACAAUUUCCAAAUUAAUGUGUUAGUUAUAAAACUGACCAAAAUAUUUUGGAAAAAAAAAACGUCUUGGAAGGUUUUUACUUGACUGUGUUACGUACAUUUUGUACAAAAAUUUACAGCCAUGUGAUGUUGAUCAAUUUUGUGUUUUUUAACAUAUUAAACAGACGUCUUUUUUAUAAAGAGAUUUUUUAUCUUUAGUUACUCACUCUUGUUUAGAACAGAUUUCUUUAAGUUUUGGACAAAGUGAGGCGGAAGUGUAUACUUACGCCAAGUCUUCUUAAGUUGCUCCUUAAGUCAUACUGAAGCGCACAAGAACCAUUACAUUUUCUGGACAAAGGUUUUAACCGGGAUCUGUUAAUGAUGACUAGUUUUGUCUCAAAAAUUAUUAGAUUUAGCAACCUGAAACCCUAGAUCCCU